AUAGAGCUCAGUGGCUCUAAGGCGAUCGCACAGUUCUUUCUGCACCGCUGAGGUGGCAGGUCGCGAAAAAAUAUCAUCUCUCUUAAUAUUUAGUUCUUCCUGAUCUAGUUGAUAGCCCCCGUAUCCGAUCAUGGGAGACAUGUUCCGUAGUGAGGAGAUGGCCUUGUGCCAGCUCUUCAUCCAGCCGGAGGCAGCCUACGCCUCCAUAGCCGAGCUGGGCGAGAGUGGGUGUGUCCAGUUUCGGGAUCUCAACGAGGAGGUCAGUGCCUUCCAGCGCAAAUAUGUGACAGAGGUCAGGAGGUGCGAUGACAUGGAGCGACGACUGCGCUACGUGGAAACCGAGAUGAAAAAUGAUGGUCUGAAGCUGCCUGAACUGAGACAGGACGAGGAGCCGGGAGCACCGAAUCCCCGCGAGAUUGUGGAUCUUGAGGCGCAGCUGGAGAAGACCGAGAACGAACUGCGCGAAAUGUCGGCCAACGGAGCCAGCUUGAAUGCCAACUACCGGCACAUGCAGGAACUCAAAAACGUACUGGAGAACACAACGGGCUUCUUCUCCGACCAGGAGAACAUCAACCUGGACAUCAAUCGCAGGAUGUCGAUCAUCGAUCCUAGCCUGCAACAGGUAGGAGGCCAGCGUGGCCAACUGGCCUUCGUGGCCGGAGUCAUUAAGCUGGAGAAGUUCUUCAGUUUUGAGCGAAUGCUGUGGCGUAUCUCCAGGGGAAACAUAUUUCUGCGCCGCAGCGACAUUGAUGGACUCUGUGACGACGAGGAAACCGGACGUCCCGUCCUGAAGACUGUUUUCGUGGCCUUCUUCCAGGGCGAGCAGCUGAAGCAGAGGAUCAAGAAGGUCUGCGCCGGCUAUCAUGCUUCUGUCUACCCGUGCCCCAGUUCGCAUGCCGAGCGGGCGGAGAUGAUCAAGGACGUCAAUGUCCGAUUGGAGGACCUCAAGUUGGUCCUGAGCCAGAGUGCCGAUCACCGCAGCCGUGUCCUGAGCUCAGCCUCGAAGCACUUGCCCCGAUGGUCCAUAAUGGUGCGCAAGAUGAAGGCCAUCUACCACAUUCUAAACUACUUCAAUCCGGAUGUGACGGGCAAGUGCCUGAUUGGUGAAGGCUGGGUGCCCACAAACGAUAUACUCACGGUCCAGGAUGCCUUGGCCCGGGCUUCGAAGAUCUCGGAGAGCUCCAUACCGGCUUUUAUGAACGUGAUCGAGACCAACGAACAGCCACCUACCUAUACCAGAACCAACAAGUUCACCAGUGGCUUCCAAAAUCUCGUUGACUCCUACGGAAUGGCCUCUUACCGUGAAGUGAAUCCUGCGCUGUACGCCUGCAUCACUUUCCCCUUCCUGUUUGCCGUGAUGUUUGGCGAUCUGGGACACGGCCUGAUCCUGGUGGCCGUCGCCGCCUACCUGAUCAUCAAGGAGAAGCAACUGGCCUCCAUUCGAGAGGAGAUCUUCAACAUCUUCUUCAGCGGCCGAUACAUCAUCUUCCUCAUGGGCAUCUUCUCCAUCUACACGGGAUUCAUUUACAAUGAUAUUUUCUCCAAGUCCAUGAACAUCUUUGGCUCUGGCUGGCACAUGAACUACACCAGAGCAGUGAUUGAGGAUGAGAAUCUAAAGUCGAUCACACUGCGACCAAACGAUACUGUUUGGAAGACCUACCCCUUCGGCAUGGAUCCCAUUUGGCAGAUGGCCGACAACAAGAUCAUUUUCCUAAACACCUUUAAGAUGAAGUUGUCCAUCAUUGUGGGAGUCCUUCACAUGAUCUUCGGUGUCUCCAUGUCGGUGGUUAACUUUGUCUACUACAAGAAGUACGCCAGCAUCUUCCUUGAGUUCCUGCCCCAGGUCUUGUUCCUGCUCCUGCUCUUCGGCUACAUGGUCUUCAUGAUGUUCUUUAAGUGGGUCGUCUACAAUGACACCGUCGAAGGAGCUCUCUCGCCAGCCUGUGCUCCUUCCAUCCUGAUCCUGUUCAUCAACAUGAUUCUGCAAGGCUCCCAGGAUACUCCCGAGCCCUGCAAGGAGUUCAUGUUCGAUGGCCAGAAGACAAUUCAGCAGGUCUUUGUCAUUGUUGCCAUCAUAUGCAUUCCCUGGAUGCUACUGGGCAAGCCUCUGUACAUCAUGCUCAAGCGUAAGACCAGUGGAGCUCCAGAACCCAAGCCAGGUAGUGGUGGUCAUGACGACGAGCCCAUGGGCGAGAUCUUCAUCCACCAGGCUAUCCACACCAUAGAGUAUGUGCUCAGUACAGUGUCCCACACGGCGUCUUAUCUGCGAUUGUGGGCCUUGUCCCUGGCUCAUGCACAGCUUUCUGAGGUGCUAUGGAGCAUGGUGUUCUCGAUGGGCUUCGGCUAUGAUAACUACAUCGGCAGCAUACUCAUCUACAUAUUCUUUGGGGCCUGGGCUUUACUGACAGUCGGCAUCCUGGUGCUCAUCGAAGGACUCUCCGCCUUCCUACAUACACUUCGCUUGCAUUGGGUUGAGUUUAUGAGCAAAUUUUAUGAGGGCGCAGGUUACGCCUUCGAGCCAUUCGCCUUCAAGACCAUUCUGGAUGUCAGCGAGGACGACUAGAGAGUAAUGGUGAUGGCUGAGAUGGCGAAAGGGAUAGUGAAACAGCGCAGGACGCACUAUCCUUCAAGUAUUUUCUGUUUAUUUCGUUUCGUUUCGCUUUGGAUUUUUUUAUACGAAAAAAUAAAUUUUCGUUU